GAACAAUUGUGCUGCAGCGGCGCUGACAGGAGCUCACAGUCGUCCCCAUAGAGACAGGCUCCUACUACAGGCUCCGUUACACCAGCUAGUCGUCUCCCACAGGCGAUGACAGCCUUGAAAUAAAACAGCAGGCAUUUGGAUAUUAAUUUUUUCCUCGAAAACAUACUCCCGUAUGCUUGCCAAACAGAUUUUUUUGAUUAUUGGAUUAACCCCCAUCAGCCGCUAACCGCAGCAGCUUUAUCCUGGGAGGCCGGACUGGAGAUUUGUGUCGCUGGGCAGGGAGGAGUCCUCUGUUAUUCCAGUGUGAAGCUGAACCAGGGCCAGCAUGUCGGCUUUAUAACAACACGUCCCUCCUAGACCUGUGAAGAGGAACAAAUGCAGUCUUAAAGGUGAGUCUUUGUCAUGUUUGUCGGUGUAUUUCGCUGCGUGUGUGUACGCAGUUCAGCUAGCUCCUAGCUAACGUUAAUAGGCUGUUAAGUUAAUGUUGCUAGGAUACUGUUUGGUCAUUCAUUGGUCAGCAUGUCCACCCUCAGCCGGACCUUGCAAGAAAAUGAAUAACAGGAGCUAGUGCGAAAUUAUGCUAAUUCAUGCUUUUAUUUCUGUAGAUAAUAAACCCUAUUUAUCUUGUAUUCAUUAUCAAAAAUGCUCCCAUUGUUUCACUCCUAUCCUAACUCAUUAUUAGCUCAUUGCAAGCUGAAAAACGCUAAUAAAUCUUAUUUGUCUUGGAUUUGAAAGUGCAAACACAUGGCUAUUUUGACACAGUGAUCAAUAGUGACUGACAGCUCUGGCACAAGCCCUAUCAGCUGAAUAUUCUAGUGUAUAGUGUGUGUAUUAUGAGUAGUAUUACAGGUGCUGUCAGGGAGCCAGGCCCUGCUGGUUGUUAUUCUUCCUCAUUUGGAUGAUGUAAUGCAGGCUGCUGUGGCUGUAACUCUCCAUGCAGGAUGGAUGUGGAGGUGAGUGCUGGCAGGGACAGCACCUGGAGGAGAGCAGCGGCAGCAGCAGCAGCAGCAGUAGAUGAUGAUGCAGGAGGAGGAGGAGGAAGCAGCAUGGAGGCUCAGGUCCUACCACUGGAGCUCUACGACUCUGCAAGAGCCAAAAUAGAUGCAAAUCUCCGCUGGCUGUUUGCCAAAGCUUACGGUAUAGGUAAGGCUUUCUUUAUUUUCUAUUUAAAAUCAUGCUUAUAAGGGUGGUGAUGUAUGUUAAAUCUGUGCCUGCUCAUCUGGGGAGUGCAAGCCACAUGGUCAAUAUUUAUAUCCAGACAACACUCCAUCAGCUGUGCACGUUGUAAUCUAUAUUUGACAGUAUAUAUGCGAUAUACUGUAUACUCUUGUACGAAGAGUUUGCAGCAUGCAAAUCCUGUUCAUUGUAUCUUAGUCAUGGCACCAGCACACCCUCAUCACCUUGGGACGAGGUUACCUUAAUUGAAUUUUGAACCAUUGUGCUGUAAAUCCCUGUCAGAGCAUUUUACCAGCUCAGUGGAUUGGAUAGAAUUAUUAGUUAAUGAUGAGUAAAAACAGAGAACCUAUAAUAAGCUCAAUGUCACUGACUGGAAUUGUGUUUAAGGGUUUAAAAAAAUCAACUAUUAUAGGGCAUCUGGAUCAAAGUUAGAGGCAAUGUGGUGCCGAUUUGCCUCAUGUACAAGUCCUCAAGCAGGAAGCCCAGAUUUGAUACCAAGCUGCGGUCUGUUUCUUGCAUUUUACCUCCCACCCUUUCUUCCAGUUUCCUCCUUUUUCCAUGGCCCUAUACUUUCUAAAUAAAGGUAAAGAAGCCCAAAAAUAUAUUUAAAAGAGUGAGAACCAGCUAUCAAAGGUAGCAAUGAGCAAGGCAGGUAAUGUGACUAAGAACCAUAGAAGGAUCGUUCCUCAAUUUUUCUCCUCUUCUCUUCCUUCAUGAAAAUGGGGGAGUAAGGAAAGGUAAAGCAUAUAAACGAACCUAGCAGGGGUGAACUCUGGCCCAAACAGGCUCUGUUUUCUCUGUCCUCUUUCUCACGUUUCAUUCUCUUUCUUUACCUCCACCCUUACCUCAUGAAAAAAAGAGAGUAUGGGGAGGUAGAGUGUACAGCCAAACACGAAAGGAGGGAUGGGCUCCUGCCUUAACAUGCGUCUUUCACCCUGACUCUGCCUCCUUAGUCAUCUUCUCUUUUUACCUCCACUUCUCAGACAUGAGAACGAGGGAGUUAUGGGGAGGUAGAGCACAUAGCCGAGCUGGCAGGGGUCAGCUCUGACCCAAACAGGCUUUUCUCUUCUUGGCUCUGCCUUCUCUUGUCCCUUCUCCUUUUAAUACUCUUUUGGGGGGUGGGAGCUGGUAUGCAAGGAGUUGUUCUUGGAUGGUGGAGUGAACUUAUGAGCCUACCUGAAGCAUCCUGGGCUUAACUUGAGGAAACGCCAUGUAGGAAACUGCCCCCUUGAUAAUCCUGGCGAUGUACUGGCUCCCACUGCCUGCCUAUUUCAUGUUGGGAUCAUAGGGGACAUUAAAGGUUACGUGGUUGUUAUCAGUAGAGCUUUGAUAUUAGAAUAAGGGCUGAUGGGAUGAGUGUCUCUGCUGAGCUUCUCCCAUCCUUUUCAAUCAAGCAUGAGAACCCUUUAAUUUAGAGACAACUAACUAUCUGCUCCAUAGCAGAACAGACUCCCUCAAACAGAAUUACUACAUCUUAUAGUAAUAGUAGAAAUCUUCAUGGUCCUGAGUGAAGAUUCAGGCCGAUAUCUCGUGAUCAGACAGUCUUUUAUUCCCAGGUCACUAGCUUUGAAGUCCUGACAUCAUCUUCUGAAACAUCCAAAGUGAUGGCUCCAUACCGCCAUGCUGUAAGUAAAUGUCUGGAAACGAUUCCUCCUUAGAUGUGGGUUUUUGUGUCAGCCAAUGAGCGCUCUCGGGGGGAGUGUGAGCAGGAGGUCAGUCGUGCUGUUGGUGCGAGCCCACACAUCUCCGAUUUUAUUAUCAGUCUGACAAUGAGACAUUUAGUGAGAGGGAAAGAGACGGGGGCAGUCAUUCAGUGGAGGAAAAGGACUUGGUCAUCAUUUCAGGUUUAUGGCUGCUGUAGUUUUAGUGUUUCCUGCCCUGCAGAGCUGUCUACUGUGUUGCAGUGGAUGACUCAGUAAAUUGAAUCAGAGAGAGUAUCAAAGGCCAAAGCUUGUGGUGAGGUGAGUUUUCAGAGUUAUUCACCUAAAUUUGAAAAGUCUAACAUCCACAGACGGUAUCACCAAACUGGAGUAUGAUUUUAUCUCCCUACAGCUGGAGUGGAGGUGUUAUGAGUGCCUGAGUUUGCCAGUGUCACUAGCCGUUGAUGGAAAUAUCCAGGACUCCAGCUUUGCAAAUAAAGCUUCACCUAAAAGUUAUCCAACUCUGUUUUUUCCAGAGUACAGACCAAAUCCCCAGUAUAAACACCAAACCAUCACCUUUACCUCCCUCUAGGCUUCGUGCUUUCAUUAAUCUGAUUGGCGCCUCCUGACGUCACUGUGCCCAUGAGAUCCCCUGCACAAGCUUCACUAUCUUUUAUUUCUUCACACCUAAUGGAUAUCACUAUGAAACUAUUUGAUGUUUCUUGCAACUUUAAUUUGUUUGGAUGUUUCCCCAUUCCCCAGAAUUUGGAUUUCUCUACUACAACUUUCACCCAGCUUUACUUUCUCAAUUACUGACAUAAAAUUCUCAGUUUAAUUGAAAAACAUGUUUUUAUUCUUUGAUUCAAACAUACAGUGCCCAGCAUAAGUCAGUACACCCCCUAUUUUAAGUAAUGUGUUACUCAUUACCUAGAUGAGCAAAAGUACAAUUUCAAAAGUUUUGACAAAGCUGAGUUUAACAUAACAUUUUAUUUAUCAUAAGAUAACAAUAAGGACAAUAUGGUAACUAAAAUUUAGCUUUGCUCCUGGAACUUUGAUUGGGGUGUACUCAUUUUAGCAUCCUGAUUUUGCAUUUUUGUAUGCAUCUUAAAAAAUCUUGUUUCCAAUCAAUAGCGUACAUUUGGGGGGGUAUUUUGUUGUAUAGUCUGACAUGGAAAAUGUUGAUUUUAAAGAGAAAGUAAAGGUUUUCUGACAACUUUAAAGGGGGGAAUUAAUUCAUGCUGAGCACUAUACAUGUGAAUAUUAUUUUCUGUUUCUGCCCAGUUCAGGAAUAUGGCUCUAAAAACGACACACUGCACCUUUAAGAGCCAGGCAUCAAAACUCUGUGGUCCAUGGAACAUUGAUUGAGUUUGGCUUGAAAUGCCAGCGCACAUUAUUUUUCUGCAGGGUCAUACCUCUGCGUUGUCCCUACAGGGUGCAUCAGCUUAACGGCUAUGUUUACCCAACAUACUGUCUUUUAAAUGAGUGUCCAUUAAGCCCUCUUAUUGCCUAGCAUGGCUGUGGCUUUCUCCUGCAGAGCCCAGACUCUGACAGCUCUGCCCUGACUGUCAGCAAGAUAUCUACUGAUCAAUCUGACCUUCUGUUUGGCUGAGAGAAUAGGAACAAAGGCCUGCCCCACCCCCCCUCUCCUCUUAAUUUCCUCCACUCACACAUGGACACCAGGGUGGGCUUUAACGCGUGGAUCAGGUGGAUGAUAAAUAUCUAAGCAGAGUUAGCAACUGGGAUUAAAGAGGAGCCUCUGCCACCCCCCUCUUAUUCUUCCCACCGCUCACAUAUGCACACACCCACCUCUUGAUGUCAGGGGCCGUAAAGCGAUCCAGUGAGCUGGCUCUUGUGAAGCAAAGGGACAGCGACCCAGCCCCCACCUCCGGCCACGCUGGCAUCCCCCAUCACCAUCUCCACAGCAACCAGCGAGGCUAAAAAGGGGGCAUUCUUGGACAGCUGAGGCUGAGGAAGUGGCGGAGUAAAGAGAGGAGUGUUGGAAGCAGACAUGAAAGAUUUGUUUUUUUUCAGGAGGUUCAGAGAAAAGAAAGAGAGGACUGUGGGGAUGCAUAAUGAGCAUUUUUUCACAUGAUCUGUGAGUCUCCUGUCCAUAUGGCUGCACUGCACAACAGCAGAGAGUGAGAUAGAUGCUGAAGGUACACAGUGCCAAGCAAGCAGUCUGCUGUGAAAAUCACAGCCGAGGUUUUCACAGUGUAGCCUGAGCCUGCUGUGUGUUUGUGUAUGUGUGUUUUGCACUAAUGGACGUCUUGCUUGUCUGUUCGUCUCAGUCAGCUCGCUGCUAAUGUGAGACAUAAUGAGAGAGGGUGCUCUGUUAAGUGGCAGAGCGUUGAUGUUUCAGCAUUGUUCAGAUGCGGUUGUUUUAAAGCCUGCUGCCUGUAUUCUCACACACUGUCUUGAAUUUCUGUGAUUUAAUCGUACAGUUUAAACAUAAAUUUCACAGAUAACACCACUUUUAAAGGCAGUUUUCUCCCUGUCUCAUAUUUUAGCUAUAAAAGCAACAGGAAAUGGAUAUAUUUGCAGUUAAACUUGAGGGAAUCAAAUGACGAUUAAAUGGUUAAAUAUAAGGGACACGGCUAUUAAAGGUCUAGUUAUUGGUCUAGACCUAAUUUCAACCGUCUAGAUUUUGUAUAUUUUUAGACGGAAUUUAGACAUUGCACUCUAACCCAUUAUUCGAUAACUAUUUAUUUCAAAAAGAAAGUGUGAGUUGCAUAACUGAUCUCCAAAUACUUAACUAAAAUAAUUAUGAUAGCCAUUGAGCAAUAUACAGUUAGACCUCUGUUAGCCUAAACUUGGUCAACACUAACACCUAAACGGCUAGUCUAAACUUGGUCUAAAUUUGGACGUCCAAAAAAACUUAAAUUUUUAGACCUGUGGUAGCCUGAUUUUAGCCCAGUCGUCUAGGCUACAUUUAGACGCCUAUUAGACCUCUUUUAGACCAAAAAAUGUUCAGUGGCUUGGUAACAGAAUUACUUGUCAGUGAGAUAAAUUAUGAUUGUUUUUGUAAUUUUAGGCCCAAAAUAACAGUCAUGAGCUGGCAGACUGAAGGUUAGUCAUGCUAGCUCUGCUAAUGGUAGCUACACCUGUGUUAAGCCAAGGUAACAAUUUUAUUUGUUUUACAAGUGUUUUCUUAUCCCUUUACAAGUCAUUUCAGUUAGUUAGAUUUUGAAUUCACAUUCAAAAAAGUUUAAAAUUAGUCUCUCUGAAACAUCCUUGCUUAAAUAGUUGAGAAAUUUCUAUUACAUAGGAUUUGCCUUUACCAGAAGCUGCAUGAGGAUGUUAGUCCAUGCCUUUGUUACCCAGAAAAAGCAUGUUAACAUUAGUGGCUGUUGUGCUGGUUUGUUCUUGACAAGUGUAUUUACCUUCAAAUGAUGUAGAGUAAUAUAGGUUAUUGGUUAAAGCACUCGUGCUAAACUCAGUUUUACUUCAGUUUAUCACCAGCUGUUUUGUCUCUUUUCAUCUUGUCCAAGCACUUAACUUUAUCAGGUGGUAGUCCCUCUGUUUAUUCCUGCCUAAAUCUACCCAGAAAGCACUAGAAGCUAAAUUACGUGAGUGUUUCAGGUGCUAACUCUGGAUUAACAGGUCCAAGGCAUAUAAAAAUAGCCGCCCCAUGUCUAUCUCCGCGAGCAGGUAAACACCCCAUGGGCUGGGGCAGCACCAUCAGCUUAAGCAUCACCGCUAAGUCCUGUUAGCUCAUUGGCUUAAAGCCUAUGCUUCACCUAUCGGCCUUGAGCGUCGCUACCUGGGCGGCUGUUUUACCGCUGACUUUCCCCUGUCACUCUCCUUAGACAGUCUAAUACCUUGAGAGUCCUGGGAGCGUCAGUGUUAUGUAACAUGAGGAGGCAUCAGUGGACACGUGCGUGUGUGUGCGCACAAAAAUAGCUCGAUGGCGGGUAUGUGGUGUCAUGCAGUGAUUUGUGACUAAACAAACCAGUGAAAGGUAAUCUUAUGUGUUUUCAAGCUACUUCUAAGAAGUUUCUCUUGUUGCAGAUCACAUCCCUGCAGACCUGCGGGACCCCUUCUAUACCGACCAGUAUGAGCAGGAGCACAUCAAGCCCCCCAUCAUCCACCUGCUACUGUCUGGAGAGCUUUACUGCCGUGUGUGUGGGCUCAUCCUGCACGCCGAGCACGCCGCCUCGCUCCACAGUCACCAGUCUGUCAUCCAGGCUUUAUCACGGAAAGGCAUCUACGUCCUGCAGGCAGACAACUCACCUGUCUCUGACCUGGACUUGAGCUCAGCUCCCAUUAAGAUGGUGGGUAGUUGAACCUCAUGUCUCGUUAUAGAACAACAUAAGCAAUCCAGUUUUUGGCACACUGAUUCAUAGAGCCUCUGUAUUUAUAGAUUCUUCUCAAGCUUAGGUUGAUCUUCUUUUCCCUUGACUUAAAAUAAUAAGCAGUAAUGCUCAUGGUUGGCGUCAGGUUAUUAAUUAGGAUACAUGUGAGUAUAAAUAACCAGGUUUAAAGAUUCUAGGAACAUCAGUCAAAGCCUUGUGCAUUUCUGGGACUAUUUUGUGUAACUUUACUGAUCCCACCUUUACAAAAACAGCUACUUCUAUGCCAGCUAUGCUUUUACACACACAUGCACACUCAUUCUCACUGGAUUAACUCGAUGCAGCCACAGUUUCUGGGUUUUAAAAGCCUGGUCAUGGUUUUGAGUUUUUGGAUGCUAAUGCUUAUUCCAGAAAGUUCACUGUGUCACAUGUAGAUAAAACAGACUUUGAUGGUUUGCAAAUCACUACCACCCUCUAUUUAUUUGGAAACAGUGCAAAGAUAACAUUUUAAAGCAACAUUAAAAACUAAACUGAAUUCUUUGGGCCUUCAGACAACACUGCAUCAAAAAGAAAGACAUGGCUCUGUAGUUGAAGUCACUGCAUGGGCUCAAAAUUGCUUUAAAAUAUCAUAGUCUGCAAACAAAAUUUGUUGCUGCAUCCACAAGUGGAGGUUAGAACCAUACAAUGCAGAGCAGAAUUUAUCUAUACAUGCUGCCAACUUCUGAUUUAGUCAAGGAAGAAAACUGUCAUUUUUUCUGACGAGUCAGAAUUUGACUUUUUUUAUUUAUUUUUUUAUAUGAAUUGUUUGUCAAAACUAUCAGUUUAUCAAUUUGGGUUUGUUCCAGUCCCCUCAGUGUAUGUGUAACAAAUAUAAGUUUCAAGAACAAUUGAAUAAUUAGUCAGUCAGUGUUCACUCAUAUAUAAAUCAGAGGGUUAUCUGUCUCUACAGUGGUGAACUAGCAGCCCACACUGUGGCUGUUCUUCCCAGAGCUAAAUAUGAGCCAAGAGUUUUAUAAAAUAAAUAAUGCACCAGUGACUGCUGGUGCUUUGCAGGUUUUUAAAGUGUGCAGAUGAAAUAUUCAUGAAACAAAAUGAACCAAAAAAUGAGAUAGCACUUUUUGUUUUAUUCAAUACGAACCCACGCUUCCAAGGUUUUAGUCAUAUCAGGAACAGGUGUGAGGCAACAGGCUGCUCCAAAAGCAGCAGUUUAUGGUGCAUUCAGGUGUCACUGUGCAUUUUUCGCUAAUAACUACAGAUUUAUAGAGAGCUUGAGUGUGUAAAUCAACGAGACUUAAAAAAACCAUUACUGCUCUUUCACAACCAAUUACCAACCAUCUAUUAUCUUAUGAGGUUUUUCAGAGUAAGUGGUCCACUUUGUGACUUAAUGUGCCGGGCUUCCAGGAAACUCUGCUAAUCAGCACCAGUGGCCUUUUUGUACAAAUUGAAAAACAACAUGUGAGUCACGAAGGAAUACAGAGUGACUGUCUCACAUUAUGACUUAUGAGGACUUUGCUGGUAGGAGUUUGAAUGUUUCAGUCAGGAUAGAUCUACCUUGUUUCCAUGGCAACUCAGUGAUGGAGCAUCUUUGAUGGUUGUAAAAUCAGCCUGGUCUCCACUGUCAAAGGAGAAGCACAAAUGCGGCUAUAAAUAAUGCUGGACAGAGAUUUUAAGCCCCCAAAAAGGGUCCAUCUUCCAAAUACAGAAAUAAGAUUGAUUUGUAAUUUAUGGUUUUUACACCUGUUUCUGUUCCAGAGCUCACACAUCCACCUUAUCGACGCCCUGAUGAUGGCUUACACAGCUGAGAUGAUCAGCAUAGAGAAGGUGGUGUCCAGUGUCAAGCGUUUUUCCAAAUUCAGUGCCUCCAAGGAGCUGCCUUUUGACCUGGAAGAUGCGAUGAUCUUUUGGAUCAACAGGGUAAAGAGAUGAUUUGUGCUCAUAUCAUCUGGAUGUGUGUGUGUUCUGUGUCGACUCAUGAUAUUUUGGUCUCCGCAGGUGAACAUAAAGAUGAGAGAGAUAGUGGAGAAAGAGUUGAAAAUGAAGCAACAUCUGCUAGAUUCACCCAGUCAUCAGAAGGUAACACACUGUGCUUAUGUUGUUUGACUCACUGUCUCCAAGAGUGAGCACGUCCUCUCUGUUUAAUAGUGUUUCCUUUGUUAGUGUUGACCUCUAGUUUAGAGUUUUACACCCUUAAAUGUACGGCUGGAGUCUCAGGAUUUUCAGGUGGGAAAAGUUGUUCAGUUGUUCAAGCUCAAGUCAAGCUCAAAUUUUCUUGACAUCAGGCUUUCACUCUCAGUUUUAAAGGCAAAACCCUGCAUAGUUUGGGUUGAACAGGCAGAUACGACAGUGCAUCCACUGCAUAAAAAGGAAACAAGAUGCCACAGUAAUGAGAGAUGGAUUCUACAUUACACUCUGUGGUUUGUAGAGAGCAGUGUUUACUGUUAUUCCUGACUGGAUUGAUGGAUGUUUAUUAGCCAUGCAGACCGACAUGAUGAUAUCCUGAGGGAGUGGAAGCCAAGCUGAACCAAAAAUUACUGGACUUCAUUAUGUCAUGUCAUGCCUCUGUUUCUACAUUUGAUCAAAUAAAUACUCAACACCCCCAUAACCCCUGCUGUUAAACCCUUAACAAUACGAAAAUGUUUCUGGUCUUUUCCUCGUGUGUCAUAUUUCUGUGAAACUAGAAUUUUUCGAUCUUUUCUGGUUGUCUUUAUAUCAGAUCUGUCUCCAUGAUCUGAUUACUCGUCUCUGUUUUUGAUCCUUGACUUGUCUGCUGCUUUUCCUCUUUGUGUCCUCUAAAACUUCCUCCCUCUCCUUCCUGCCUCUUGGAUGCUAGUCUCCCUCCAAAUGGUACUGGAAGCUUGUACCUGUAAGUGCAACUGCUUGCAAUUCCUCUGUGCGAGUGUCUGUCUUUUGUGUGUGUGUGGGGGUUUAUCUGUGUCAGAUCAGACAGCUGAGAAAGGAGCAAGAUUUAGAGUGAUGAGAUGUACAGCAAAAAAAACAACAUCAAGUGAGUGGAUUGAGUCAGGAAGAAGCAGCCGGCUUAUAAAACCUUUGGCCCCUCUCUUUUGCUUUUCCCUUUUCUAUUCUUUCACUUUCCAUUUGAGCUUUUAUCUCCUCUUCACUUUUUCUCAUUAACUCCCUGCCGAUCAGCUCAUUUCUUUCUUUCCCCACCAGCCUGAUUUAUUGCAUGCCCUCUCCCACUGGGUACUGGAACCUGUGGAGUUUUCUCACAUGGUAAUGUGCUCACCAUUUCACUCUCAUUUCAUCCUCAGCUCUUGUCUUUUCCCCUUAUUUUACCAUUUAUCACAUGCACAAGCCUUAAAACUACAACUUCUGUUACAGCCAAAAUGAAAGUAGUUAAUAGACCCAAUAAAUUCACAAGAUAGCGCUUCAAAAGCUUUCCCUGAUACCAUCUGAUAUCUGAUAAGAUAAAGCCAUUAAGUCCAGGAUGUUAUAAGAGAUACCUACUCCACAGUGUAUGUGUUAAAGAGAGCCAAAGACAUUUAGAGCUUGUGUUCAUGUCCUGAUAAGUUAGACCCAUGUACUGUUUUGAAAACCUGAUCCAUCUUUUGCUGUUCAGGUCCGAUACCGCAGAGAUCACCUGUCAGGUCGCACACUGCAGCACUUCCCUCUGCUGGAGGACUUGUUAAAGGAUGUUUGUGACGGCACGGCUCUGCUGGCUGUGAUCCACUUCUACUGUCCGGAACUCAUCAGGCUGGAAGGUACGAUAACACUCCGAUUGUUAGAUCCACUGAAGACAGGGACAAGAUACCAUAGUGUUCUACUCCCAAGAGCCACAACUAGGGCUGGGCGACAUGGCCUCAAAUCAAUAUUAUGAUAUAUUGAGCAGUUCACCUCGAUAACGAUAAAUGGACGAUAAACUACUCCACAAGCUGCCCACCCCCUCCCACAUUAACUUUUCUCUACUUCAGCUGCCGCUCCAGCCGCUACAACUUUUGAACCGUCCUCCAUCUCCUCACCUGUCUUUCCCUCUUUGUUACGGACUGGAUGGAGUGGAGUCCCAUCUCCAACAUAGGACAGCGUCUUAAAGGAACAUGAGACCAUAGCCUACCUACACACAUCCAAAACCAACUUUUAUUUUUUAUUUUUGGCACCGAAUAUAUAGACAUGGGCAAAAUGACGUCAGUUAUUGUCGUAAUUUACGGUAUCUAUAAAUUUUCGGUUAUCAUCCAGCCCUAGCCACAACUCACUUCUCUGCUACUUUCAGAAACAUGAAAUACAGCUUGACACUUUCUCAGAGACUGUAAGCUGAGUUAUUAUGUAACUGAGUAGUUAAUGUAGGCCUUAAAUGCUGUAACACCUCACUCACUGGAUGUAAACUAGCAACAGAUGACAGGUGGCAUCUUGUAGUGCAGCACUGUUCGGCAUUUAGAUCUAGGAAAUAGAAACUUGAACUCAAAAGUUUAGACUUUUUUUUAUCUUCUAUUUAAUUUAUGAUUCGUUCACCUAUUCCAGCAGAAACAGUUUGAGAGCCUGGCUGAAUGUGGAGUUUUUUUUCUUAAGCAAUUAAAACGUUUUGUAAAGCUCCUUUGUACGCUUUCAACCACAGACUGAAGCGUUUCUUUGGUGACCUCCGUGAGAAUGCCAAAUCUAACCGAACACUUAACUCCUUUACUACACACUCUUGACCUUUGCUGUCUUUUCUGUGCAGAUAUAUGUCUGAAGGAGGUCCUCUCCAUAACAGACAGUGUCUACAACAUCCAGCUUCUGAAAGAGUUUUCCAAUGAAUACCUGAACAAAUGCUUCCAUCUGAAGCCUGAGGACAUGCUGUAUUCUCCACCAGUACUAAAGGUGAGCCGGGAAACACUGCACACCCUCUCACCAUGUCGGAAUAAACAGACUUCAAUAACAUUUUCAUCAACCUCGACUGACCUCAUACAUGAUUGUUGUUUGUCGCAGACUAACGUGAUGGUUUUCAUCGCUGAGCUCUUCUGGUGGUUUGAGUGUGUGAAACCAGACUUUGUGCAGCCCAGGGACCUGCAGGAAAUCAGAGAUGGUAAAACACCUUAUUGUUUUCCUCCUUUAAACGAAGGUGCGCUGUGAUUUAAGAAUCCUCUCUAAUAGAUAACCUUCUCUAUAAACCUUUUUCCACAGUGAGAUUGCUACUGCAGCCUAAAGGAUCCCGCCCCCAUGCUCCCAUCUCCAGCGCCACCAAGCGUGGUUUCUUGACAUCAUCGAACUCUGCCGAUGUCUUAACUACGCCCCAGAGCCCUGAUCUCAGGUAUUAUUCUAUCUGUCUCUCUUUAUCGUAGUUAUUUGAAUCAUAAAAUCUCUCGACAUCAAGAUUAUUUUGAGCCACACAAGCAGAAUUGUGAUUUUAUUACACCUAAACUCCUGUUUUUCCCUCUACAGCACGAGGCCAAACUCAUUAAGCCCAUCUCGCUCGUUACUGCCCCUGAGACAGAGACAACCCAAAGAGGUUGAGGACAGCACUUUAGGUAAUUUACUCAGGCUUUGCUGCUUUGAGACACAGAGGUCCUCAGAAGUAUGUAAAAGAGAAAAGGGGAGAUAAGAGAGGAGAAGGACUGAUACGAUCCUCAGGGUCUUCAAGCUGAGCUGUUUCAUUCUUGUAUAACCUUAUUUAAAAACCAUUAUCUAGCAAAACAAAACCAGACACUAAAAUGGUUUUACAGUCCUGCUUAGCUUUGCAACAUCACAAAGUCCUUCACUUCUUUAUUUGUUUUAAAAAAGCAGUUACUUUUACAACCCCAAUUCCCAAAAACUCAGGGUGCAAACUGUUGAUAGGAACAGAUUUUGUACGCUUGCAGAUCAUUGAAAGUCUAGAUUGAAAAUAAUGCAAAGACAACAUACCAAUGUUAAUGUUUUAUGGAACAAAAAUGCUCUUUUUCAAAUUGAUGCCAGCAAAAAGUUUCAAAAAAAGUUGGAACAAGGACAAUAAACAUUGAAUUUGUAUGCUAAAAUAAAAACAUCUCCCAACUCCAGAGAGGCUGAAAGUCUAGAUAAGGAAGAGGUCUGCCACUAUGAGAGAAACUGCAGAAGUGAAAGGUUUGACAAUUUCAGAAUUCUGAGCAUAAAGUUUCUGCAGUAAAUUAUAUUCAAAAAAUCAGAGAGUCUGAAGAAAUCUCAACACACAAGGGACAAGGCUAAAAAAAACAACACUGGAUGGCCAUGAUCUCCAAGAGCUCAGAUGUUACUAAAACAGACAUUACUCUGUAGUGGAAAUCACAGCAUGGGCUCAAAAAAGAGGGUCUGCAAACACAGGUUUUUGCUCCAUCCACAAACGCAGGUUAGAAAUGUACCAUGCAAAGAAGAAGAAACCAAUCAUGUACAAACAUAAUCCAAAAAUGUUGGAGAAAUAGAUGCUGCAUUUCCUUACUUUAGAGCAGCUAAAAUCCUGUCUUGGUCCCAUCUGCCCCUGAUGUAAGAUUUUAGCUGCUCUAGAGGAAGGGGCUGUAGCGUCCAUGAUUCCCAAAAGAAUGUUUUAAUUUGUCAGACUACGUGACAGUUUCUUAUUUUUUUGCUUAAUCUACAUUAAUCAGUAUGUGUUUCAUAAAACAGUACAUUUUUUAGUUUCAACAUUUGAUGUAAUUUGCAAACUAUGAAAGUCAGUUUACACCACAUACCCAUUUUUAAAAAAACUUGUUGUGCAUUCUGUCUAAAGUUCAUCCUCGAAAAGAAGAAUACUAAAUAAAACUAAAAAUGCAUGUUUGAUAAGUCUUUUCUGAAAUAUGGGUGGUUUAUUUUCUUUGUACAGAGCUGAGGAAGAGGUCCAGCUCCAUGUCAUGUCCUGAUGGGCAUCAUCAAAGCUCAAUACUGGCCUGGCCACAGAGAAGGCAGAGGUGAGAGUCUGAACUUGUAAAUUUAUUGUAUCUGCAUGUACAGAUACGGCAGUGCUUCUCCGAUUGAUUUUUCCAGAGUGAUGAUAAGUGUAAGUCUGCCUCUGUUCCUGUCCAGGCCUUUAUCCCAGCAAGCACCCUACGCCCUGCAUUACCCACUGGAGGAGGACCCAGACAGUAUGAGUCUGGCUCGCUCCAUCAGCAAAGACAGUCUGGCUUCCAGCAUCACCCCCAAACACAUCCUGGGCCCCGGAUCUCAUCACAGACUCAGCGGUCAAAGCCUGCUCAGUCACAUGCGCAUCGAGGACGAGGAGGAGGAAAUCGAAGAGGAGGAGCUGGUUUCUGUGAUUCACCCUUCUGUGUUUUCUCGCCGCCGAGUUGAGAGUGACAUGGAGCAGGAUGAGCUGGAAAUCCCAAGCGCAACAACUACCUCAAGGGGUUCUAAUAACAGCGGGGGUCCCUUUAUGCUGGACCACCAGGUGAACAGCUUUUACCUGGAGCCUCUGAUGCCUGCGGUCUCCAAGCCAGCCAAAGAAAAGAGCAUCAGCCUGAACAAGGAGGAGGAGAGCGGUGAGGGUCGCUGCAGAGGGGCAGCAGCUGCCAGGAAAGUAUCAUCAAACAUCCCAAGACUGUCACAGAGGAAAAGCCCAGUGGCUGAGUCCAGCAGAAGCACCUUCACACCCAUACCUGUGCUUGAAUCAACCCCUAGAUCUCUCAGAUCACCCGCAGACGGAUCAGUAGGCAUCUCGCAGCAACCCCAAGGUUUCUAUCUGCAUUUGUCAGGAGAGCCAGAGCACCAUUUCUCCGCACAAGAGGGCGGGCUCGACUCUGAUUCGGACAUUGCAGACCUUGAAGAAGAUGAAGAAGAGGAAGACCAGAUGGAGUUCACCAAAGAUAUGGCACAGAGAGUAAAAGACAGAUACCUACAGGAUGGAGAGUUGUGUGGAUUCGGGGAGGUCGAGGGUGAGUCAGCGAAACUGAGAGAGGACUCAAAGAUAAGCGAGCGGGACGAUAAGGAGGACUACAGCGGGCGCUCCAGCCCCUGCCUCAGCACCAUAUCCUGGGCGAGCAGCUGCAGCGCUUCAGGCAGCACCAGUGUCAAAAUGACAAGCUUCGCGGAGAGGAAGCUCCUCAAACUCGGCCUUCGCGACGGGAUCUCAAGCACCAGCAGCUCUCAGAAGACCACACCAGACGGCUCCGAGGUGGCCUCCUGCCCUCCUUGGCAGCUGAAGAGUGACUGCACCUCUGGCUGGAUCGGGAAGGAGCAGAGUUCUGUGUUGGGGAAGAGUUUGGCAGUGAGUCCAACAGUAGUGCCUUCAGAGCUGCUGCAACUUCACAUGCAGCUGGAGGAGCAAAGACGCGCUAUCGAGUAUCAGAAGAAAAAGAUGGAGAGUCUGUCAGCGCGGCAGAGGCUAAAACUCGGGAAAGCUGCGUUCUUGAACAUCGUCAAAAAGGGCGGAGGAAGGAGCGACACUCUCCCACUGCCCCUGAAACACUCCCAGUCCACAGAGCUUCCAGACAGGAGCAGGUUCAAGACCCAGUCCUGCAGAGACGACUCCUGCCUUGACGCUCUGAAGUUCCAGGUAAAAGAAGGUCAACCAGCGGGGGGACAAGUUAACCAAGACAACAGGCUGAGUGUUGUGUCUCCAGAUGGUGCGACAGAACCUGACCUGAAUGAGUGCUCCCACUCCAUCGAUCUCCUCAACGAAGCCAUAAGCUCGAUUCAACAGCAGAUGAUGCAGCUCUCUAUGCAGCAGGACAUGCUGAUGAAGCGUGUGGUGUCCCCUCCAGAACAAGUGGAAUCAAGCGCAAGCACAACCCCCAGCACGACACAAUCCUCCUCCUCGACCUCCGAGUCGAGAUCGUUCGCGGUUCACUUCGUAGACAUCGGUGGGAGCAGCUCCACCCCGACGCGCCGUCCUCCCAAACUUAGCUCCAGCCAACGCAGCAAAACCUCGGAGCAAAACCAGAGCAGAGACAACAAGAAGAGAGCCCCGAGCAAGUCGAACACUCAUCCAUCUAGAGACGACUCAAGCGGAGAGCAGAAUGAGGGCGGUGCUGUCGACAGCUCCAGAAUUCAGAGAAAAGCCACCUUCAGAGUCAACGAUGACUUUUACAAACACAGCAGCACAGAAGGAACCGGACCUGAACCAGACAAAACACAACCAGAGGACCUACAAGUCAACACAACUACAGAAACGUCCCCAGAACAAGCAGAGGAUAAUGUUGCCAACACAGAGAAGGAGGCUGUGGGAGGGGAUGAGAAUACAAAGGUCAAAGGCCAGCUGAUUGAAGUUGACCUGUCAGAGCUUAAGGACCCUCUUGAGGACGACAGCGCAGAUGUUGCAGACGGCGCAGCAGAAGGCGAGCAGAAGAAUGUGCUCGGCUUCUUCUUCAAGGUAAAAACGCCGGAUUUCUGCUUUUCAUACGUGCGUGUGUGGGCGUAAACUUUACCUCAGAGGCAAAACAAACAAACAAAACAACUUUGAUGAUCCAUUUUGGGUCUGAAGUGUUUAUCCUCCUUUGGUUAUUAAAAACCCAUCAUACAUUUUUUUUUCAAGGUUCCAUUUGUUUGCAGAAAAAGUCGGUUUUACUAAGUGGAAAAAAUAUUUUUUCUUGGAGAAUAUUUCACUGAUGUAAACAGCUUUCUAAGUAUUAGUUUUUGUCUUAUUGGUCUAUGAAUUUAAGAAAACCUUGCUGAAAACCUGAAAAAACAUUUUCUGCAUCAACAUUUCAUUUCAUGUCUAUAAUAUUUCCAAUAAACACAAGGUUAGAUUUAUUUUCAAACUGUCAAAAUCUUUUUUCGUCAACUUUUCAGUGUCACAACUUUUUAGAUAUGGGGUUGUAGACUGAAAAAUGUUAGUUAAAUUACGGCUUUAUCCUUGAAUAUUAAGAUAACCAAGUGUAAUUGCUGGUUAGAUAAAGAUUCUGUUAUGUGUUGCAGGAUGAUGAGAAAGCAGAAGAUGAAAUGGCGAAACGUCGGGCAGCCUUCCUCCUCAAACAGCAGCGUAAAGCAGAGGAGGCCAGACUACGCAAACAACAACAGGAAGUCGAGAGUGAGCUCAAACGUGAUGAAGCCAAGUAAGUUUUUCACACCAGGUCAACAGGGAUGUAUCUGCAGUGAGGAACUUGCUUCGAAGAUUCUUUGUCUCUUUCCUUUUUAAGGCGGAAGGCAGAAGAGGAGCGCGUUCGUAAGGAGGAGGAGAAGGUGCGGCGAGAGCUGAUAAAGCAGGAAUACCUGCGGAGGAAGCAGCAAGCCUUGAUGGAGGAGCAGGGCCUGGUCAAGCCCCGCCCACGGACUAAAUCUCGCAGGGGGCGGCCUAAGUCUCUGCACCGUGAAGGGUCCAACAGCCUCUCGAAAGGAUCGACCACAUGUAAGAACGCAUCUUAUGUACAACGCUCUGUGUUAUUUGUGAGUGCCUGUCUACAUGCAGUUGUACCAUCUGAUUGUUGUCGUGUUUUUGUGUGUAUGUGUAAUCAGUUUAGUUCUCUUCACCGCCACCCUCUGAGUGUGUACAUGUGUGUUGUGCAGGUAAUUCUCUGAAGGGGUCCAUGUUGAUCAAAGGGAAGUGCUCAGCAGCAGCAGCAGGCUGCAGGGGAGGUGAACCUUCUAACCUGCUCUGCAUGAUAUGAAAUUAAGCAUACACAGUUUACUGAUACAAACCCUGAGGAGUGGGUGCUUGUUUACCUACUUGGGAGAUUAACACUUAAUUAUUCUGAAUCUCAAAUGAAUAAUUUGUCCCUCUAGUUUCCGAACUGUUAAACUGUCAUAAACUGUUUGCUAUAUUUGCAGUAAAUUUGACUUUUACUUUAAAGAGAUAUUCUGGCAUAAAAUCAAUUUAGGGUCAAAUACACUGUAACACAGAGUUAGACACCCCCUCGAGAGAUGAAUGUUGCCGACCGCUUGCUUCUCUAGUUAUAACAACUUAAGUAAAGAUCGCAUGAUAGCAAUACACAGCGGUCUUAGGAGCCAUAAAUAAACAUCAACCAAAACUCCACUCUAUAGCCACAAAUAAUGCUCAGAACAGCACCUAACUUCAUCAACAGUAGGUAUAGGAUCCCAGCCAUAGUACUAGCCACCAAACAUCUUUUUAACUUUGCCUUAUUUCUUUAGAAAAGAGACUAAACACACUCACCUACUCUCUUCCAGCAGCUGCUUGUUUGUUGGAAGACCUUGACUGUAGCAGGGUGACACAGCUCAAGGAAGAACAUCUAUGAUCAUUUCUUCAUGGAAAUGCAAUCAGACCGAGACACUCAGGCAGAAGAACUACUGCAUCUGGAGUGCAAAAUGAUUAUUACUAGGAAAUGAUAAAGAAAUGAUCAUAAAUGUUCUUCCUUGAGCUGCGUCACCCCUGCAAGGUCUCGCAACAAACAAGCAGCUGCUGGAAGAGAGUAGGUGAGUUGUGUUUAGUCUCUUUGCUAAAGAAAUUAGGCAAAGUUAAAAACAUGUUUGGUGGCUAGUGCUAUGGCUAGGACUCUAUAUGUACUGUUGAUGAAGUUAGGUGCUGUUCUGAACAUUUUUUGUGGUUAUAGAUUGGCGGUUUGGUUGAGGUUUGUUUAUGGCUCCUCAGACCACUGUGUGUUGCUAUUGUGCGGUCGUUACUGAAGUUGGUAUAACUAGAGAAGCAAGCGGUCGGUGACAUCCAUCUCUCGACGGGGUGUCAAACUCGGUGUUACAGUGUGUUUGACCCUAAAUUUAUUCUACGCCAGAAAAUCCCUUUAACUUGAUACUUCCCUGAUCCCUUGAGAGAUUGAACACUGUGUAAAAUGUUUAUAACAAUGGUAAAUAUUCCCCUGUCAAACAUCAGGUUUGAACUAUUUGCAACCCAUCAAAAUCUUUUCUUUUUUUAUCUUUGAGUUUGUACGUUUUAAACAUCACAACUCUAAUGCAGUUGAGGUUAUAGUUCGAUUACAGUUUGAUUGUAUGGGGAUAUAUUAAUGUUUUAAAUGAUGUAGAUGAUAUUGAUUCUUCUGUCUAUGUCAUUUUCAGCUGAUCUUAGCUCCAGUCAUCGAGGAUCAACACUCUCUUUGGCGACUGAGGGGGACAGUGUCAUCUCUGGAGGGGCGGAGUCCCAAAGGUGAGACCUCCAGGGUUGUGUUGUGUCAGAAAGAAGAUGAUGUCCCUCUCUGUCGCUUCAUGCCCAUUGAAUUGACUGUGAGGUGUGUCCUUUAGGGCUGGAUCCGUGUGCUCCGUGGAGUCGUUUCCCAUGUUGAGCAGAGCGUCUAGCAGGAACAUGGAGAGGGACUGGGAGAAUGGUUCGAUAACAUCUUCAAUCCCUUCAAUGGAGUACAGUGGUAAUCAUGACAUUUUCAACAAUAUCUUAAAUUUUUAUCAAAAGUUAUUUUAUCACCUGCCUCAAAGAGAAGACUACUCCACAAAGACAGAACAAGAGGCCCCUGAGAUAUACAUUUCUCUUUCAAUAAAGCAUUUACAAGCUCUGUGCAUUUGUCUUAUUGAACUUUAGUCUUGUUUUGUGUUUGUAAAGGUCCUAAACUCUUCAAAGAGCCAAGCUCCAAGUCUAACAAGCCAAUCAUCAUCAACGCCAUCGCUCACUGCUGUCUGGCUGGAAAGGUUAAUGAGGCCCCGAAGAACGCUAUUCUGGAGGUCAGUGCAAUCAUUUGUAACUGAUACUUUAUUACCACCCUUCAAGUCUUUCUCAUUAAUUCCUCCUCGCAGAGUUAUUUCUCACGUGUGUUCUGCCAAACUUACAUUUGCCUCUCUGUUUCACCGAAAACAGGAGCUGGAAAAGUGUGAGUCCAACCAUCUGAUCAUCCUCUUCAGAGACGGCGGGUGUCAGUUUCGUGCCAUCUACUCAUUCUCACCAGACACCGAGGAGAUCAUCAAGUUCACGGGUACAGGACCGCGAGCUAUCACCCGGAAGAUGAUCGACAAGCUCUACAAAUACAGCUCAGACCGGAAGCAGUUCACUGUCAUCCCUGCUAAGAGUGUGUCCGUCAGUGUGGACGCCCUGACCAUCCACAAUCACCUGUGGCAGGUCAAGAGACCAGGAAGCGCACGCAGGAGUUGAAGGAAAGGAAGAACGACGGUAGAUUUAGUUUCUGUUUUAUCCAUUUAUGUUGGGCAGGACCCAAUAAUUUAAGAUGAUUGAUGUGUGAUCACUGGACUGAUUGAAUAAGGGAGAUUGCUCAUCAGUGGAGAUGCCAGUCUAUUACUGAAGAUGAAACAGCUGCCCACUGGCGUUUUUUUUUUCUUUUUUGUUUGUUAGCUUUUCUUCUGCAUGGGACACUUUUUUGUUUCAGUUUUUUUUAUAUAUUCUACAUUUAUUAGGAACUAUUCAGAGUGCUUAAAUGUUAAUAUAAUGGCGUCAGCUGUGAAUAAGGCUGCCAAACUGUGUAAACACUGGGAAGAGAACGCUUUGGCUAUCGAUCAAAACCUGAAAUGACAGCUUAAAGCGGUGACCACAGUCACACUGCGCUGUAGCUGAAAGUACACCCACAUUGACACCUUAACAACAACAAUAUUCAUCUGAAUCCAACCAGUCAUAUUACUGUUCAAUAGCUUUUCAUGGUCGUCUUACUAUUACAACAUUUCUGCUAGCUCACGAAUAAGAAACCAUAGCUGUGUCCCAAUCUAGGUCUGAGCGAAGGCCUCAGAGAAGACCCACUGUGUCACAGCGGCGCUUCAAGAGCUCCUUCAAAUGUGGUCAACAAAUUUGUCCUCCUUUUCCUGGGCCAUGAAGGCUGCAUCAGGUGCAUCCCUCAUGGCCACACUUAUCCCAGGAUUCUUUGCACUAAUACAGUUAAGAUCGCGAACCCUCAAGGUGCUGAGUAGUACACCUUUGACGAUGCUAGAUAUUUAGCUUGUUAGCCAAUUAGUGCUGUUGGAUGCCAUCAUCAGGGUAGUGAUGUAAGCACUCAGCACUCCGAAGGGUAGACCAUCUCAAUUCAGUUUGGCAAGACUGGUCUACAUAGGCUACAACAAUCAAGUCCUUCAAAACUGGGUCCUAUCAAGGGUGCAGCCCCCGGGUUGGGACACAGCUCAUUACUGUUGGUGAGGUAGCAGUACUGUUACUAAAAUCCUCCGCUAAUAUUGUGCUUUUAAAGCUCCUGUAGGGAUCUUUAAGUGUAUGUUGAUUUUGGCGCCCCCUGUGGACAGAGUGGUGCCUCUCAUCUUUUUGCUGAUUUCUUCUUGUUUAUUAAUAAAAACAUUGGGGUUUUUUUGUAGCUUAUGUAAUAGUCGUAUUUUGUUUUUUGCCUUUUUCAGUGUUCAGUUAUUCACGUCACCUGACAUAGAAAAUAAUAAUAUAGAAAUUAUCUGUCUUCUCUUUAAUGGUGUUGUUUGCUUUUUAAGUUCAUGAAGAGGCACCAAUAUUGAUUUCAACCUACUUCAUAGUCAGCUAAAAAUCCCUUACAGGAGCUUUAACGGCACUAGCUAAGUACUGAUACAUUCUCAUGUUAGCUGUGCACAAACAGAGGCUUACAGGUUAUCACAUAUGUUGUUUGAACCUGUGUUACGCAUCAGUGUCCUUUCAGAUUUCACCAUGCACUGUCUUUUUCAGUGACUAAAUAAGCAGAAAGCAGUCAAGAUGAAUUCCCUUUGUUAACAUAGUAACUCAUUAUAACGGCAUUUAAGCUCCUUAUUCUCUGUAUGAUGUCUUAGUGAAAUGGGCACAGUGUGAACUUGAGGAAAUGAGGAUGGACUAUUUGUUAUGUAGCAGCGAGGAGGAGCGGACAUAUCAACUAGCACUGAUUCAACUUACAUUAAGCAAGCACAUCAAUGAUACCAAGUGCAACUUCAGACAGGCAGUGGUGAAGAGUCACUGAAUGUCUCGUAAAGCUGUUUCCGCUUGGCAAAUACAACACGCCACUGCUAUGAGGCUCAGCCUACAACCUGCCCGCAGUAUUAUCCAGUUAAAGCCCCUGGGCAGAGCUUUGAUGAAGGAGGAGCUUUGCUGAAACUUUUUUAAUGUACGGAGUGGAUGUUUUUGAGUGGUAAUGUCCAGUCUUGUUUUCUAUUUUCGUGUAUUUGGAGAAGUGUGUGUAUGUGUGUGCUGGGGGGGGAGGGAAGAGCUUAAUGCACCACUUGUGUAUCCUGCUCUGAAUGUUUUCUCUUACUCUUUUGAUUAUGCUUUAAAUCUGUCAUGCAAACAGGACUUUGGAACAAAGCAACACAGCCGUUUGAUUUGUUUGAGUGCUGCAGUUACAGUGAGAGAUCAAUCAUGUUUUUAAAGCAGGGGAAAUUGUACUAGUAUUUUCUCCAGAUGGGAAGCACUUUCCAGACUACGCCUGUACAGUGGUGCAUUUUGAUGUAUUAUCUUCAUAUAAUAUUCCACCUCAAAUACGAGCCACCUGAGAUCCUUUCCAGGCUCGUGUUGCUGCAGUAUAAUGAACUGAGCUCUGCCACUGGUCUGUUUGCUGCUCAUUGACUGCUCACUAAAGCAGAUGAGAUGUUUGAAUUUGAUGUAGCUUCUGGCGCCCAACACUAGUAAUUUCCCUGUAAUGACUGUCAGCAGCUGGUGUAAUGUUGAGGAGGGGAGAACUGCACAAUACUUGAUAUUUGUUUGCUGCAUUUUGUACAUUUUUGAGUAGUAUUUUUUGUACAUUAUUACGGUACAAGUUAUGUUUACCAAAAGGAAGCACUAUUUUGAGGUUUAUUGUGUUACAGGCUGUAAGGGAUGCUAUGAGUCUUAUUUCAUUGUGUUUCAUUAUGUUAAUUUAUUUUGAAGAGAUUUAAUAAACCCUACUAGGUUUGUUUUUGAUGAAA